AAGAAAAGAAAAGAAAAUAUCGAAACCGCGGCGAACCUAUCUGACUGAUUUGAAGAGGGUUUGGCAUCAUCGAAUUACCCUUAACCCUUGAAAUUCAUUAGCUACACUCUUUUGCAACUCUCGUUGAUCGUUUCUGAUAAAAAUGUCGAAUCGAUACGGUCAGGAAAAACAAGACAAAAACAGUAACAAGGGUUUCAUCAAAACCCAGAAGAAAUUUAUCCCCAAAAGUCCCAAUUCAAACCCAACCCUCUCAACUUCCCUCAGAGAAAGACAACCAUUGAACGCCCCAACUGGUUCUGGUAGCAGUAGCAGUACCAAUUCGUCGGGUGGGAAUGGCAAUUUCGUUAAAUACUUGCCACAAGACGAGGCAGUUGCAGCAGGUCUUGGCGCUGAGGAUGGUGGAUUGGAUCCCCUUGAAUCUCAGAGAGUUGUUGAUCUUUUGAAUGCACAAUUGUCUCUCUUGCUCAAGUUGAAACCCAAGCAAUUCUGGAGACAAGUGGCUACUGACACCUCCCUGCACGAGGUUCUGGAUAGCUUCCUGCAAUUUAGGAGCAGAUGGUAUGAUUUCCCUCAUCGUGGGGCCAAAGGGAUUGUUGCGGGUGUUAUUGUUGGAGAGCGUGAUUUGAGUCGUCGUGUUUUCAUGGUAUUGUAUCGCAUUUCUUCCAAUAAAGAUCCUGGUGCUCGACCUGCUGAUACCCUUAGUGUGAGAGACCAUGAAGUUCUUUUGCAGGAGAAGAAAUAUCUUGAAUUGCCGAAGUUGUUAGAUAUAUGUGCCAUAUACUAUCAUGAAAAUGAAGAGUUGACAAGAUUGCUGGUUAUAAAUGCUUUAAAUGCUCAGCCUUGGAUUCAUAAUAAUCUGACUGCAGUAAUAUCCCAUUUUCUAGGAAUUGUCAGCACAAUGCAUGAACGUUGCAGUUCAUCAUUGCAGGUCUUAUUUGCUUCUGGAAGUCCUGAUUACCAUAAUGCUACUGUUCUACAAACUGAUCUGCUGGAGGUAAUGGACUUUAUAAAUGAUGCAAUUGUAUCAAUGGAUGCUUUUGUUAGUGCAUACGAACCCACAGCUAUAUUCUUCUCUUGCCCAGUUGAAAUGAGUUAUGGGAAUGAGGAACUGCUAAGCCUCCUUGCCAGAUUGCAUGAUUCACUACUUCCAUCCUUGCAAAAGGGAUUCCACAUCAUUUUUGGUGACAAACAAGAUGGCACGGUAUCUAAUAUUUUAGUAAGUUUGAAGAUGUUAAGAAUGAGAUUGGUGAAGUUUGGGUGGCAAUUAUUGCACUUGUGCUAUCUAAGUGAUGAAGUUUUCAGAGAUAGCAUCCCUCUUCCAGCUGCCACGAAGAUGUUUCCCGCCAAUGUAGAGGACCCUGUCAUCAGAGCAGAUAUUCUGGUUCAAACAUUUAGAGAGAUCAAUUCUGUAUCAUUACAAUUUCAGGAUUUCCAUCAGAAGGAAACAUUUCUUCAAGAUGUUGAAAGGAAUUUCAAUAUAUUAAGCAGGAUUGAGAGAUUGAAGGAUAAUGGAUGGAUAUUCGUUGAUGAAGAACAGUUUCAAUAUAUAUCUGGGAUUUUGAGUUCUCCCAAGGAGAUUUAUAAUAAGGGGCCAUAUUCUGCAAUAACCCCUGUGCCCAACCAAACAUUGCAGAUGGAUGAAAAUGCUGCCAUUAUAGAGUCAAAAAUCAGUCAAAUUCGGGACCUGUUCCCUGAUUAUGGUAAAGGUUUUUUAGCUGCGUGUCUUGAGGUCUAUGACCAGAACCCCGAGGAGGUUAUUCAAAGAAUUUUAGAAGGAACACUUCAUGAAGAUCUGCAGUGCUUGGACCCUUCGCUAGAGAUGGUGCCACCAGCGAAGUCCACAGCCGUGGGCGGGAAUGAUAAAGGGAAAGGUAAAUUAAUUGAUUCAACGUCAAUGUCCAUAAAUACAGAAGUUGUUAGUGGGAAGCAACAGACAGAGGGGCUAUCGAUGUCAUCCUCUGCUUCACUUGGAAAAUUUGUGAGGAAAUCUAAAGCGGACAUGCCUGAUCUCAGUAUUCUGGAUAAAAAGGAUGAGAAAGAUAUAUCAAAAUCUGCUAUGCUUUUACAAUAUGAAUAUGACGACGAGUAUGAUGACUCUUUUGAUGACUUGGGUCUAAGUGUAGCUGACUCUGGAGUAGAAGAAAAUGAAAUGCUGGGUGACAAAAUGAAUGCAAAAUUAGGGAAAUCAUGGGCAACAGAGACUGGAAACUCGGUCCAAAAUGCCCCUAGUUCAAAAUGGGGCUCAAGGAAAAAGCCACAGUACUAUGUCAAGGAUGGUAAGAAUUACAGCUACAAAGUGGCAGGUGCAGUAGCGGUGGCAAAUUCUGAUGAAGCUUCGCUAGUUACUCAAGCUCAGAAUGAAUUAAUACAUGGUCUUGGACGGGGUGGCAACCUUCCUCUUGGUGCGGUAAAGAAGCUUACAGAUUCGUACAAGGAGGAUGAUAAUAAACAAUUCGAUGUUUCUGAAACACAAGGGAGAGGGAUUUUGGGCAAUACCGGAGGCAGGGGAAGGAGGGAAGGGGGAAAACAAAUUGAAACUCAUCAGCAGCAGCAGGAGAAACAAUCUGGUGUUUCUGAGGAGGAAGGGAAAGGGCAUAUUUCAAAUCAAGGAGGGAGAGGGAGAGGGAGGGGGAGAGGAGGAGGAGGAGGAGGAAGAGACAAUCAUUACAGGAAGGACCGAGCCAUGAAGAAGCAUUUCUCUGGAUUGAGUGGUUAUUGAGUGCCUAAGCCAAUCGACAUACAUUUCUUACUUGCCAAGAUACCAUGCUCUUAGGCAUCUGGUCAGAAACCGUUUGGAUGGUAGCUACAUGUGAAACCGAAUUUUCUGAAGGGUUGAAUUUCAGUGAGGUGCAUAGACAGUGCAUAGCCCCUCGUCUACUGACAUCUUUCCCCUUCUUGGGAAAGGUGGCUCAUGCAUCUGACCGAUUAAAAUCUGCUAUGGAUGGAGCAGAGACUUUCAUGUAUGUCCUAUUUCCGGGGGUUUUGUUUUUGUCUUCGUUGGUUAGGAGGAAUAGAGUAAUUAUGUAUACUUAGCGAGCAUUAUUGAAUGUGCAAUCAGCUCGUCAUACUAACAUUGUCUACAGUAUUUAGAAUGGUAAAAUGGGUGUAGAUGCUACUUCACCCUAUAAUCGAAUUUUGUUUAGAAGUAUUUGCAUGUAAAAACCAAAAGCUCUGCGCUCCCUCUCGAUCUAUCCAGGGUAUGGAAGGGCAGAGGCAUUUGGUGUCCCCCCAAUCAAGAA